AUGGAGCCUUUGUGUUUCCUACAUUUUCCCGUCUCUCAACCAAAAGAGUCAAGAGGAAAGAGUCGAUCUUCAAGUAAAACAUCAAAAACGAAUUUCAAUAUGGCUUUUGUCCCAUUUGACUAUCAACAAACUGGAUGGCCGAUCGCGAGUCCGUGGAUGUUUGCGCCAAGUGGCAAAGAUGCUCCUGAUAUGCACUAUGAUGAGCUACAAAAGGCUGAUGUUGGGAAAGGAGCGGUUUGCAACACUCCCCGACGAUACUCGGUGACGUUAGAUGUGCACGAGUUCAACCCCUCUGAUUUAAAGGUGCAAACGAAAGGCCGAAAAAUUGUUGUUGAGGGGAAACAUCUAGAAGCCGAGAAUCGAUUUGGAUCAGUGACAAAGUUCUUCAAAAGGAAAUUCAAGUUGCCGAAAGAGUGCGAGCUGUCAUCGGUCGAGUCACGCCUCAGUCCGCAAGGCAUUCUCUGCAUUGAGACGAAGAAAAGAGAACGCAAGGAUUCUCAAAAUGUGCCUAUCGUUCGAGAUUUCGCCGAUCCUUUCGUCGUGGAGGAGCACUUC